AUGACAGCGUACUGCCAUGCAGUCUACCAGCUCGAGGACAAAUUCGACGGUCUUGAGCUCAACCAUGUCGCAAGACGCUUCAACGAGGCAGCCGAUGAACUGGCAAAGGCAGCAUCCGGCCGGAGGCUAGUCCCCACCGGUGUCUUUAUCAGUAACUUGCAUAAGCCCUCGGUCCGCUAUGAAGAAUCGGGAGAGGUCAGCAAUGAGCCACUUGUCCCGGACCCGGAGGCCGACCCCUCCGACCCCAAGGUUAUGGAGAUCAACUUAGACCUGGCAGAAGGGGCCAACCCUCUGCCUGACUGGAGAGUUCCGUACCUCGACUACCUCAUCUUCGCCGACGCCACCCGCGUGGUACGCACCUACGAGGGAUGCCAAUUCUACGCCCGACAGACUCAUGUACCUGCCCAAGCGCUCCAAACCAUCCCCAUCACGUGGCCCUUCACAGUCUGGGGCCUGGACCUUGUCGAGCCCUUCAAGAAAGCACCCGGGGGCUUCACCCACCUACUCGUCACCGUCGACAAAUUCUCGAAGUGGAUCAAGGCUCGACCGAUCGCACAGAUCAAAUCCGAGCAAGCGGUGCAAUUCUUCACCGACAUCACUCAUCACUUCGGAAUCCCCAACUCCAUCAUCACGGACAACACCACGCAGUUCAUCGAGAAAAAAUUCCUUCGUUUCUACGACGAUCACCACAUCCGUGUGGACUGGUCGGCCAUGGCACAUCCCCGUACAAACGGACAAGUUAAGCGGGCCAAUGGCAUGAUACUCCAGGGUCUCAAGCCAUGGAUCUUCAACCGCCUCAACAAGUUCAGUAGCUAA